CGCACGCCGCACCACCACUCGCACAGCCUCCUCAUGACCAACAGCAACAUCGUCGCCGCCGUCUACGACAUCGGGCGUGGCGUCAUCAAGGGCGAGGUCGCCAUCGUCGACGCCGCCAUCUCGCUCGUGCGUGCCGUCAUCGGCGAAGGGUUCCAUGCCGUCGAGCGCACCAUCCGCCUCGUGUUUGCCAACAUCCUCGUCCUCGGGCUCAUUGGUGUCGCCCUCGUCGCCUUCAACGCGCACCAGCAGCAGCAGGCCAAGGGCCGCGUCGGCACCAAUUCGGGCGCCGGCCGCAAGAAGCUCGCGUGAGCGUCCCAGGUCGAGCGCACGAGCCGCCGUCGAACCCGACUGUCUGUUGUACCACCUGCGUCCCGCCACGCUGUACCAGAGCGCCUUGUUUCGUGCCGUCACUGCAAUCCAAAGUUUCUGUCUCGAGCA